AUGAGCCAACCGAAUCCUCAACAUAGUUUAUCUAGCCCUUCAACGUGUACAAUAUACCCUGUCACACUUCAAACUUGGCAGGAAUUGAGGAUAGAUGAUUACAUUCGAAACUUUCCUGGAGGUCGAGUGAUGAAAUUAGAAGAUUUUACAUUCUUGAACAAGGUCACAAACUUCGUCUGCGGUCUUGGGGAAAAUUGUUUGGCAGGCCAGGUUCGUGCAAAAACUCUUAGACACCAAUGUAGCCCUUUUCAAGCUCAGCUUUGGUUUACACUCUACGGACUUCAGGAGUGGAAUUUAUACGUCAAUUCCCUUUAUGAAGCCAUCACGGCGGCUAUCACCCAAGUUCGUGUUGAGAGUACCACCAGAGUCUUGACAUUCAUCUCGCCUAUUCUAUCUUCACAACACAGCUUGGUCGACCCGGAUGAGUCACACGAAAAAACGAUUCAUCUAGCAAUUACGCUUACAGCAGUCGCAGCCACUGCAUUGCUCGGGUUUAUAAUCGGAUUUGCCGGAACAUGGAUAGCUCCUGCUAUGGGAGUCGCUGUCGAAACUACAGAGGCUUCUGGUGGAGUGGCUGCAUUCGGAGCUGCUGGUAUCGUCAAGAGAUCUUUAGCAAAGCGGUCAUAUGAGCCAGUCGACGGGGACACCAUCUUUGCAAAUGUAUCACCAGAUGAAAUAAAGAAGAGUGAUGAUGACCUAGCAAGCAAUAUGAACCGCUUAAGUCAGCUUCAGACAUCGAUUGAUCAAAAAUUUCGACUACGUAUGAUGGGCACUCAAGAUAUUGCUAGUGACUUCACAACGACGAGUGAGUCGAGUGAGCAAGAAGAAAUUAUCUCGAUGCAAAAGACCAUUCGGGAUAGCAUCAUGAAGGAAUCAGCAUGGGCAAGUUGGAUGACACAACUGUUAAAAGACCAAGAUCAGCAUGAAAGUAUAACCACAAAGCUUGAACUACCUAGGGCUCAAACUACUCAAGAGGAGCUGUCGUUUACAACGAGUCAUUUGAAGCGACGCUCAGCACCUCAAUCGAUCCCACGAAAUCACUUUGGCACGUGGACGACCAUCAAUACUUAUCUGAAUAGUUUCAGAGACCAUCUGCGAGCGGUAAUUGCUGUCUCAUCGCAAAUUGGAAUCAGCUCUCCAAUCUCAUCGGAUGAAGGAAUUUGGGGAAUUUUAAAGAGCGGGAAAUUCAUGACGCCUAAUCCAACCAAGGCUCUUUUACAGGAUCAAACUCGCGAAACGGUAAAGUUAAGUGCACUUGCACAAGUACUGAAAUCUAUGGCGAGUAUUCUUAUCACUUUCUCAUCUCGUAUACCUCAACUUUACCCGACGAUUUUUCUGAUUACUUUUGUCCCCUUUUCAUACCACCAGAACGUUUUUGUUACCAUUGGAAGUGAUAAAUGCGAUGGUCGCGGUCCUGGUGGUGCUUGGUUCGGUGACGAAUAUCUUUCGUAUUGUAGUCCCGAAGGACUUAUGAUGAAUUUGGUUAGAGGUCAAGGAAAAAAGACGGUCAACAAGAUUCUGAACGCACAUCUGAUCGAAGCAAAAUACGGUUACUCUGUAGAAUUCUUGGCUCAAUCUGCUUGGGCAUGCCAAGACAGAAAUCUGAAAAUUGAUGGAAGACCAAGUCCUGAAGGAUUGAAGCCAGACAGUAAAAUCGGUUGCACUUUUGAUCUUCCAGUCUGUGAUACAAGGCUUGAAGAGGUGGCUCACUUAAGACGCGCAGGAGAAACCACGGUGGUGGCGUGUAGAAAAGGAUUGGCGUUGAAUAUCUAA